GAGAGUGCGUGAAUGGACAGCCGCACGAAUCGAUUCAAUUUUUGUGGUUGACGACGCGCGUGACGUGGACUGUUUGGGGGUAAACAUUGCCGCUCGGCGGUGGCAGUGACAGGGGUGCUGCGGCUCGCCGCUGUCCACCGCUGGUCGGUCAAGCAUGCGGUCGGAUGAACAAGACGCAACGCAGGUACCAGCCGGCCGCGCCGGGCAGAAAAAGGCGCUCUGACUCGCCGUCCAAGAGCAAGUCCAGCAGGACCAUUACAGACUCCAACGCAUCCCUCGAGCUCGCCAACUUCGAUUUCAACCAAAGUUCUGGAUCGUCGGAAAAUCUCGACCAAAGCACCCUAACUUUUCCAGCCUCAGAUGAGGACAACAUCAGCGUCGUCAUACGGGUGCGCCCUUUGAACGAGAAGGAGGUGAAAGCGAGCGAUGACGAAGUGGUCCAAUUCCCUGGAAAUGGACAACUGCUGCUCGAGGGCAACUUGGUGGCCCAGAAGCCGCGUCUGUUCUCCUACCACGCGGUUUUCGGCCCUGGCGCCACGCAGACUGACGUUUUGCACUUCUCCGGGGUGGAGCGGCUGCUGCAGCUGGCCGUCGAGGGCUUUUCCUGCACCGUCUUCUGCUACGGACAGACCGGCAGCGGCAAGACCCACACGCUCACCGGACCCCCAGGAUUGUUUGACCGAAAGCCAGAUCCGUUGGACCAGAACCAUGGACUGGUCUUCAGCUCGUUCGUCUUUCUGUUCCAACUGCUCAGCCAGAGGCAGGACACGCACUUCGUCCUUAAAGCCUCCUUCCUCGAGAUUUACAAUGAGAAGGUGAUCGAUCUGCUGAACCCUGGCUCGGCAAGGAAGCCGCUGGCGGUGCGCUGGUCCAAGAAGAGCAGGGGCUUUUUCGUCGAAAACCUUUUCACCGUCGACUGCGAGCAACUCGAUGACCUCUUGGCCGUCCUUGAAGAAGGGAUGCGCAACAGGUCUGUGGGCGCCCACAGCAUGAACGAUCACUCGAGCCGCAGCCACACUAUUCUCACCGUGCACAUAACUUCAGAGAUGUCGGCGGAGGAUGGAGUGUUCAUCACGAAGCAGGGCAAAAUCAACUUUGUGGACUUGGCUGGCUCCGAGAUGACGAAGAAGACGCACAGCGAGGGCAAAACGCUCGAGGAAGCUAAUAAUAUCAACAAGAGCCUUAUGGUUUUAGGCUACUGCAUUGCCUCUUUGAGUGACAGCAAAAAGAAGGGUGGCCACAUCCCCUACCGAGACAGCAAGCUGACGAAACUGUUGGCCGACAGCCUGGCCGGCAACGGAGUUACGCUCAUGAUUGCGUGCGUCUCGCCUGCAAAGUCCAAUUUCACGGAGACGCUCAACACGCUGAGGUACGCCGCACGCGCCAAGAAAAUCAGAACCAAGCCCGUCAUCGUUAUGGACCCGAGGGAGGCCUUGAUCUUAUCCCUGAGGAGGGAGGUGAACGCCCUGCAGGAAGAGAACGACACCCUGAGGAACGCCCUCCAGUUGAACGCCUCGGCCUCCGAACCUUCAAGAUCAAGAAAGACCAGCGCUGAAAAAGGUUCAGGGCGCCGAAGGUCGGUGUCAGGGCCGGUGAGGGGCGAGUGGAGCUCAGGCGUGCCCUGGCCGGACGGCGUAUCGCCCGAUCUGUCCAAGCUGGCCGACCUGAAGCCCGAGGACCUGGCCAAGAUGGCCGAGCACUUCCUCAGGGAGAACGAGGCCCUGAGAAAGGAGAACUCGGACUUGUUCAGCACCAGGGAGGCGCUGCUCAGGGACCAGGAGCUCGUCUGCAGGGAGAAUGAACGACUGCUGCGCAAACUCGAAGAUGUCAACUCGGUCUGCUGCCGGUCGCCAAUAAUCCCAGCAAGGCCUACUUACUCCGCUGACAAAGUGCAAGCGGCGCAAACAGAGGCCGAGGUCUGGACGAAUCCGCUGGCCCACAGCGACAGCUCUGUCUACGGACCUAAAUUCAAGGAGGACAUAAUCAGUGAAAGGAAGUCGGGCAAGCCGCCGCACAGACUUCCUGACUCGAUCCAGAAGGAAUUGGACAAACGCAGAAUUGGAGUGGCUUCAAAAAGUUGAGACGGUAAAAAUGGUUGUGCAUAUUUCGGACGAGAAGCAGCGGUGAUGCUCCUGUUUGUGGUUUCGCAGCAGAAGAACUUGUUGAGGUUGCUGAAUUUUUAUUGCUAUAUGCCGAACUUACAGCUGGGCAUCCAAAUAAUUGAUUGCUGGAAUUUCAAUAUUGUGUAAUAGAUAUACGAAUAUAUAUAUAUACGACUUAACAGUCUUAUUGUUGGCUUCUGCAGGAUAGAGAUUCAAUUUUUAUCUUUGAAAAUUCUUUAGUGUG